UCCUCCUACCUCCGGCCUGGCUCAACCUUCACCGGGACUCAACAAUCCGGCCGUUCCUCCUACGAAGUCACCGUCCAAAUCCACUCCGUCAACAUGCGCUCAGCCCGUCUAAACGGAACCCUCUCCAUCGCGAACCUCACAGCCGAGAACCCGUUCCUGACGACCUUUUUCGAGGGCGAGAUUAUCGAUGGGAAUGAGUAUCGGUUUAGUACGGGGGAUAGAUGGGGCGCGAGCGAGAAGAUUGAUAUGCAGCAUUGGUCGAGGUUUGCGUCGUUCAGGGCGAUGAAGAAGGCGAUGAAGAGGGACUCGACGAUUGAUUUGGGUCAUUGGAGUACGCGUGGGCAUGUGUAUAUGAGAUGGAAGGAGUGUUUUUUGUAUAAUGAGCCGAAUGUGGAGCAUAUCGAUGGCGCAAGCUUCGCAGGGUUCUAUUAUAUUUGUUUUGAGCAGGGGACCGGGGUGUUAAGUGGGUUGUACUACCAUCAGAAUUCGGAGAUGUUCCAGCAGCUG